AUGCAGCCGGACCUCCCCGUCGGCGACGCGGCGCUGCGCAGCCCACCGGCCCCUGAGCCGGCCGGCGGCGCUUUCCCCAGCGCUGAGGCCACCAAGCCACCCUACAGCUACAUCGCCCUCAUCACCAUGGCCAUCCAGAGCGCGCCCGAGCAGCGCAUCACCCUCAGCGGCAUCUACCGCUACAUCAUGGGCCGCUUCACCUUCUACCGUGAGAACAAGCAGGGCUGGCAGAACAGCAUCCGCCACAAUCUCUCCCUCAACGAGUGCUUCGUCAAGGUGCCCCGUGAUGACAAGAAACCGGGAAAGGGCAACUACUGGACCCUCGACCCCGACUGCUACAACAUGUUUGAGAACGGCAGCUUCUUGCGGCGCCGCCGGCGCUUCACUAGGAAGAGGGGCGUCCGGGAUGCGCCAGGCACUGAGGGAGACGAGGGGCGAGGGAAGACCCCCAGACAGCAGGCGCGAGGGCUGCCCGCCGCCCCGCUGCCGGAGGAGGGGAAGGCAGAGGGGGGCUACCCCUCGCCGUCGGGCACAGGACGCCUGCCGAGCCCCGCCGCUCUGUCCGAGGGUGCCGGGGUGCCGGGGUGUACUGAGCCCUGUGCCCGGCGGCAGCCGCCCAAGGCCAGGCAGCCCUGCCUGUACGUGCCGGACAUGCCACAGUCCAAGGGGCCGUUCUUCACGUCCCCCGAGAGCCGCCCGCCCAAGGAGACUGUCUUCGGGGGGCUCCCGGCGGCGCUGCAGCUGCCCCGGCCAGGUCAGUACCCACUGCCCAGCGAGCGCCCGGCCCAGCACCAGCACCCUGCCCUGCUGCCUGCCCUGCUGCCCACCCAGCACAGGGACCCCCCGCAGGACUCGCCGGCCACCCCAGACACCCCCCCAGAGCAGCUGGAGGGCAAGGAGCUGGCUGCCCCUGGGUUGGGGCCGUGUCAGCCAUUCGGGCAGGUGCCACCUGCAUUCCCUGGCAACCUCCUCGGCACGGGCAAGCCCCCCCCAUCCUGCUUCCUGGAGGGAGAGGGCUACACGCAGCCCCACCUGCCCGUGUUCGGCUCCUUCAGCCGGCCGGGCCCCGAGGCGCUGGGCAGCAGCUACCAGUGCCGGGUGCAGGCGCUGAGCUUCUGCAUGAAGGAGCGGCCCUGCAGCACAGCGCUGGAGCAUCUCCUGGCCACAGCUCCCCCGGCCUCCACUGCCCCCCGCCAGCCAUCCUUCGGGGCCAUGGGGCCACGGGCAGGUGAGCAGAAGGAGCCAUGGGGGCCGGGGACCACGAUUCCACUGCAGGGGGCUAAUGGCUACCCCCUGGGGCUGCCCCCCUGCCUCUACCGGACACCCGGCAUGUUCUUCUUUGAGUGAGGGACUCCCCAC